UUUUAUUAAUUAAAAUCUAUCAGCCAUGCCGGACAGAGAUACAAACUCCUCGAUGAAUAGUCACGACGAUACAUAUAAGUGUUCGUUGGGUAGCGACGACUUCAUACUCGUAGAAGAAAUCGUUUCCAGUCGGAAAACGAGCACUGUGGAAACUGUCCAGGGAAUAUGUCUUUGUGCGAAGCAAAAACUCCGCAGGACAGUGGCCAUGAAGAACUUGCGGCGCCGGGUACCGAUAUUGAACUGGUUACCGUGUUACUCGGUCCAAGACGCACUUGGUGACAUAAUGUCUGGCGUGACUGUCGGGUUGACGGUCAUACCGCAGUCAAUGGCGUACGCCGGAUUGGCGGGUCUACCACCACAGUACGGUCUGUACGGUUCGUUUCUGGGUACGUUCAUCUACACGUUCGUCGGCAGCUGUAAGGACGUGCCAAUGGGACCGACGGCCAUCGUGUCGCUGAUGACAUAUAGCACGCUGCGCGGUUACGGUCCAGAGUACGCCACCCUAUUGUGCUUCCUCACCGGCGUCAUACAGCUGGCCAUGGGAAUCUGCGGUCUGGGCAUAAUCAUCGAUUUCGUAUCCGGUCCCGUGUCGUCGGGAUUCACAUCUGCCGUGGCCUUGCUAAUCAUCGCGUCCCAGAUAAAAGACCUGAUCGGCGUCGACGGCACCGGGUCUAGUCUGUGGGAGAUGAUGUGCUCCCUUUACAGGCAUAUCGACACGAUUAACUACGGCGACACGGUCAUCGGAGUCGGGUGCAUUGUGUUUCUGUUGGUGUUGAGGGUCAUCGCCGAAGUCCGUAUCGGCCCCGCGGAUCCGGAACAACAGAGCUGCGUUCAGAAAUACACCAACAAGAGUUUMUGGUUGAUAGGAUCGAUCAGAAACUCCAUAAUCGUCAUCAGCUGCACCGUAAUGAGCUACAUGUUCAUAAGUGCUCGAGACCACGAUAAUACGUUCAUAUUGCCGUACAAGAUCAUCGGGACGAUUCCGGGGGGUCUUCCGGAAUUUCGUCUACCCCAAUUCACGAUGCAGCGUGACAACGAGACCAUAGGUUUCUUCGACAUAAUGUCCACGAUGAAGUCGAACGUGGUCGUUUUGCCGCUGAUUGGUCUGCUGGAGAACAUAUCAAUUUGCAAGGCGUUCGCCAACGGCAAGACCGUGGACGCCACCCAAGAACUGUUGGCCAUUGGCCUGUGUAACAUCGGGAAUUCGUUCGUGCAAAGUUUCCCGGGAUCAGGGUCGUUUAGCAGGAGUGCUGUGAACAACGCCAGUGGAGUACGAACCCCGUUGGGCGGGCUGUACACCUCGAUCCUGGUGAUCGUGGCUCUGUUGUUUUUGACGCCGUAUUUUUAUUACAUACCCAAAACUUGUCUGGCAGCGGUCAUCAUAACGGCAGUGGUGUUCAUGGUGGAAGUGAGAGUCGUCAAACCGAUUUACCGCUCCAAGAAGAGCGAUCUGAUCCCGGGGAUGUUCACCUUUUUCGCGUGCCUGUUCUUGCCCUUAGAGAUCGGCGUCCUGUUCGGCAUAGGGCUGAAUCUAACUUCAAUCUUGUACCACGCGGCUAGACCCAAAAUAUCCAUACAAGAGUACAAGACUCGCGCCGGUUACAAGUAUCUAAUGCUGACCCCGGACAGGUGUUUGGUAUUUCCGUCGGCCGAUUACGUCCGUAACCUGGUUACAAAACACAGUCUCAAACGGGAUAUGCCGGUAGUCAUAGACUGUUCUCACGUGUAUGGAGCUGAUUUCACGGCCGCUAAGGUCAUCGAAAUGCUAACUAAAGAUUUCUCGGACAGAGGACAAGCUUUGUUCUUUUACAACCUCAAGCCUAGCGUAGUCGAUGUGUUUAGAGGCGUCAAACCAAAAGAAUUGGUGUUUUACUACAAUAAAAAAGAAUUGGACAGACUCCUACAAAAAUCGACCGAACAGCAUCACACAAUGUUACAGCCAUUGCUACAUAAAAAGUGAAUACAAUUGGCCUAAUUA